UCAAAUAUGGUUGACAAUGAAGUAGUUUUUGACGGGUUAAGUCGUGCAUGGGCAUUAGGAAGUUGUUUUUUCUUAGCCAUAUCCUAUAUUCUUGUAUUUUAUAUCAAGAAAUCACCAUAUCAUCGUGAUCAUUUUGAAACCAUAAAGCUGAGAUGCAUCCGAGCUACCGGCUUUUGUUUUAUAGGACCAAUCUUUGUUUUUUUGCUAUCUCAACAAUCACCUAACGGGGCACCCAUUUGGCAAUGGCUUGGAAUUCACUAUGAGAACAUAAUCAAGGCUGCUGUGCUUCCCUUACUACUGACAAUGGUGCUCUUUAUUGGUCCAAUAACCAUGAUGUUUCUGGCAGAAGAACUACCAUUUAUGUCAGGAUUCACCCCUCUCCCAGAUAUGAUAAGCUUGAGAAAUUUUGUUGUGGCACCAGCAACAGAAGAAAUGAUUUACAGAGCUUGCAUGAUACCUUUACUUGUACCAUCCAUGGGUCUGACAGGCGCUGUGUUUAUUUGUCCUCUAUUGUUCGGAGUGGCCCAUUUUCACCAUGCUAUCGAACGGUUACAAGCAAAAGAAAAUGUGCUAAAUGUCUGUAUAGGAACACUCUUUCAGUUCAGUUACACAACUCUUUUUGGAAUCUACUCUGCCUUUGUAUUUAUCAGAACAGGACAUUUAAUUGGCCCAUUCAUAUGUCAUAGUUUCUGCAACUACAUGGGAAUUCCAGAAUUUGAGAAAAUUCCUGACACAAAAUAUCCAAAAGCUGUUGCAGCUAUGUUCAUUAUUGGGCUUUUGUUAUUUACAUCUCUGCUGAAGCCAUUGACCGAACCAACUCUUUACAACAGUGUGUAUUUUAGAUAAAAUCAGGAAAGAUUUAGGAACCACAGACAUGUCAAUUAAAAAGUAUUCUUGAUAAAAACUAGUCAUGAUUUGGAUAUUGGUUACUAACCAUAGGUAAAUUAAUAAACACUGACCAUGCACCACAUAUC